UGGCGCGCAUUUUGGGCUAUUUCUGAAACGUAUUGUACACGUGAGUCGUUAAAUGCACUUUUGGUUAACAACCUGUGACUCAUGUGCACGAUACGAGUUUAUCAAAAUUAGACGUUGCACAACAGGUGGUGGUAUUCUAUUGUAGUCCAGUUUUGCCCGCGAUUUUAUUAGUGCCUCUUCGGAAGUGGUUUAAUGCGAACGUGUCGCAAUUAAUUAUGGUUAUUAGCCGAAACGGAUCUGUUGUUCACUCUCCCAAGGGGGACGUAACAAUGCCAUCGACGAGAUCGAUUACGAAACGGGUGGCCGAAUUGCCGUCUUUACGUUACGGAUCAAUCGGAAACAACAGCAUCAAAUCCGGUCCACUGCGCGUAUCAGAAUCGUUUCCGAAAGAAGUUAAUAGACGAAAAAAUCAUUUGUCGCGCCUUUCAGAUCCUCAACUUUUGAAAGCGGCACGACGCGUACGCUUCGACCUACCACCGUCAGAUGGCGGCGGAGGUUUAAUAGACGCCGACGCCGUCGACGUCGUUGAACAGACGGCGGGAUACGAUUUACACUUACCAACACGCGUUACUGUCAGUCAACAUUCAGAUAUUCUUAAACAAGGCUACGUCAGCCAAUUGUACGACGCUCGACGUGUGUUUGCAAACAAAGGGGAUCUGUCGGACGAUAGCGGUGUAUCCGUCACAAUAUCACCAGCAUCAAGAUAUCGUGUUCAUCCCACCGGCCGCUACAUUCGCGGCACGCUGUCUCCCACGGCGAAUUCGGCGGCCCCAGCGGCCGCAUCCCCCGGCGGCAUCGCGAUCCUUCGCGCCGCACGGGACGGAGAUGAUGGACCGCUCAGAGACACCCUCAGGAGAUCACUUCUUGUCGGAAUAUCGGAAGUGGAUUUAAACGCGAUCGACAGUAGUGGCAGGGGAAGUUUGGUUCUUUUAAUUAACCCCAUCACCUAA